AUGUCCUCCUCCAGCCAGCAGCUCAGCUCCCGCUGCUUCCAACCCUGCGAGGUGACCUGCCCGCAGCCCUAUGCCGAAGCCUGGAGCCAGCCCUGCGUCACCUCCUGCGGGGGCUCCCGUGCUGUGGUCUGCCCACCGCCCGUGGUCAUCACCUUCCCGGGCCCCAUCCUCAGCUCCUGCCCCCAGGAGAGCUUCGUGGGCAGCUCGUCCCCAGUGGGGCUGAGCCAACCAAGGGGCUUGCAGGGGUCCCUCAUCUACGGGGGCUACUUGUCCUCCUCCUCUUCCUCAUCCAGCCAGCUCUGGAGCCAGCGUUACAGGAGCUGCAGGCCAUGCUAA